UUUUUUUUUUUUUUUGUUGCGGCCGCAUUCGUGUGUCAGUUUCGGCGCCGCCGCCUGCGGUCUCUCCGGUGCGGGUUCCCGGCCUCCUAGAGCCCCGGCCGCCCCGCGCCCCCUCGUCUGAGCGCUCUGGCCCCGCGGAGCCGGACCGGGCCGCUGGUCCGAGCGGCCUCUGCCCCGCGCGCAGAUGGCGAACUCCCCGGCCGCCGUGCCCGUGGGCUCGCAGGAGCAGGGUUGCCCGAUCCGCGUGGAGCACGACCGUCGGCGCCGCCAGUUCACCGUGCGGCUCAACGGGUGCCACGACCGGGCUGUCCUGCUCUACGAGUACGUGGGCAAGCGGAUCGUGGACCUGCAGCACACCGAGGUCCCUGAUGCUUACCGUGGGCGUGGCAUUGCCAAGCACCUUGCCAAGGCUGCUCUGGACUUCGUGGUGGAGGAGGACCUGAAGGCCCAUCUCACAUGCUGGUACAUCCAGAAGUAUGUCAAGGAGAACCCACUGCCCCAGUACCUGGAACGCCUGCAGCCGUGACCCUGGCUUGCAGGGUGGGCGUGUUCCUGCCAGACCUUUCCUCACAGCCAUCGCCCUGGCUCUCUUCGUGCUCUCAGGAAACCUCGAUCCCAUGAGGGACUUCUCAGAGUUAUUUUUUAAGCAUGCUCAUCUGCGGCCCCUGGUGGUGGCUGGCCAAGGAUGGGCAGUAGUCCAGCAACUGUGGCCAAGGGGAGGCCAGGUAGCUGCAGUGCGGCAGCUCCUGCUAUGCAGACACUGGCUGGCUUCUCAGAAGACCACAUGGCCUGUUGUGGGCAGACCUUUGAGGACCUGUGGCCAGGACUGGGACGUGGACAGGGCAUCCCUGUGGCCAUUCUGGGUCCCAUCUGUGUUCCCUGCUUUGUGAUUGGCAGAUGGGCUGUCUUGGCACCCCCCGCCGCCACUGCCUUUUACUCUGUCCUUUUGCAGAUGAGGAGUAUGUUCCCCAAGCUGAGAAGAGCAAUAAGAAACUACGUGCCAACUUCUGAGAGGUGCAGCACCAAGCUGUGGCUGCUGUUAGUGCUGCCUCUUGUCUUCCUCCAGCUGUGUGCCUUGGCAGGAAGUGGCAAGGGGCAGCCCUCCCUGAUGUGGGCGGCCAGGGCACUGGCUCUGGUCCCAUGGUGCACACAUGAGCCCAUGCACACACGCGGAACUCUGAGUUCCAAGCUGUGUGUCAGUGGAGAGGCCGACAGCGGGAGCACUGGCUGCUUCCUCCUUGGUGCCCGUUCCCUUAACUCCUUGCUUUCUUGUCUGUCAGCUCUGCAGGAAACCAAGGUCCCUGUCCCCUGUGGCUGCCCUGCCCUCCCUGUGUGCUUGUCUGCCAGAGGCCAGCUCCAGGUCUGGCUAAGCAUCGCAGGGAUUCCCACCACUUGCUGGCCUCCUGGCUGCCCUGUGGGUGAGCUUUCUCAGAAAGGACCCUUUGGAGCUGAGGUAGAAAGGAGGCAAACUGUCCUCAAAAAUCAUCCUUACUACCCCAAAAGAAACAUUUCUGUGGAGGGAUUUCCUUUACAGCUGUAAGAUAUCAUGUUGAUAUCUGAUGAUAUCAUGGUGAGCUUAUGGCCCAGCGUGGUCUGUGACCUGCCUGGGGUUACAGGGCCCCUCCUAGACCAGUCUUCCUGAUAGUGGCCUGGGAGACACACCCAAGCACCCUCUGCUCAGCACUAGUGUUUCUGUGGUCUCCCUUUAAGGGACUACGUAGGGCUGAGGGUCCUGACUCUAGUGCCCUGUUCCCCCCACAAGCCAGAUCUCUGCACCUGCUCCUCUGUGGGGCAGGAGGGGACCCUAGGAGUUGGAGUUCCUUUGGGGCUGAGGCACAAGUUAACAGUGAAUCCCUGAGAGUGAUGUUUUUCCUCCAGGCCUCAGGCUUGGGGUUGGGGACCCCAGGGGAUGGGGGUGCUGGUUACCAUGGCAACCUGUACAUGCACCUCUCUUCCUAGGCUUAGGGACGAACCCCCACCACCACCACUGCAACAGUGGGGUUGCCCUGUACACAGAUCUUCCCACCAAGGGUCAGGAACAUCUUGAUCUGCACAUGCACAUUCUGGCCUCCAGGAACUCCCAAGAGCUCAAACAGCACCCGAUUCCUACUGUAUUCCCCAGCUGUUUGCAACAUGCUACUGGGAGGGUGAGUGUACUCCCUGGGCCCCCACCGUGCUGGGGAUUAACCCAGAAAUUGCUGGCAAGAGGUGAACUCAGCUCCUGGAUCCCUCCCAAGGCUGGGGCUGUCCAUUCCUAGCACGUUCAAGAAAAAUGGUGGACUGCAGGCCUCCGAGUAGGCAGGCCAGCCCAAAGUCUAGGUCCCUCCCUAGGACCAUCCUCCCCAUUCAUUCAUCUGUCGCCAAGUUUAAGCACAGAUUCUGUAGUGAAAACUCAAGUGGCUCAAUGAGCUGGUGCCACCUCCCUUCACAGCCUAUGGGACAUAGUGACCAUGUUCCAGGAGGGUGCCCUAUACAUAGGAUCCCAGGGUAAGUAGGGUGCUAAGGAGCAGGUGACACCAGAAAGGACUUGUUUCUGUCCCCAUUGUGUCCCAGCCUGAACCUGUGUUCUAACAGCAGGCAGCUUACCAUGCCUAGGCCAGCCUGCAAGCAACAUAAGCAAACCAAGAGCUGCUCAGGUUCCAGGGGAUAGGGAGGAGGGCCAUGUAGCCUUGGGCCCAGGAACAGUGUGUAUUCAGCUCCUUCAAGUAUGACCUGGCCUCUUUGCUGCCUUACAAUGCUGCUGCCGUUUCAGGGGUCUAAUGCUGUUUCCAGCCCUUGGGCUCCCGUGGAGCCUUGAGGCAGCAGCAACAGCUUGACUCUGCCAGGCUGGGGGCGCAGCAGACCCUGGCCUGGAGCCCUCAGCCAACUUGGCCAGUUGUGCCAUGGCUGGCCUGCCUCUAGUGCUGCCCCAGGUAUCUGACAUCCCAGCGUCUGCUCCCCCUGUGAUGAUGCCCUGGGAGCCCCUGAUCUGGAGGAGGGAACCUCCCCACCCCCUUUCAGCAGGUUGCUCUCCUGUCAUCUUGCUUUGAGUUUCUCUUACUUGCCUCAUCUCCAAAGGUAGUAACUCAUGUGCCUUUCCUACUCAGGACCCAUUCUAGGGGAUGUCUGGGUCAAGGCUCCAGACCUCCCUUUGAUAUUUGUCAAAUUCCUGAACAGACUGCCUGACAUACAUUUCAAUAAAAGCUGGUCUAGCGUGUGGCUUCAGGGCAGCCACUAGAGGAGGCCCAGCAGGUUCUCUCUGGCCAGGGGCUGCUAUCCCCAGGUUGCCUUGCCCUACCCCAUUGGCAGUCUGAAUCCUGGCCACUUUUACCAAUGAAUAGAUGGAAGCACAGCCAACUUUGGUGGCCCACAGGGUGUGAGGAACUGAAAGAGCAGGCUAGGCGGGAGGUCAGUCCCCCAGCCCUGCAUCUGUUCCUGUGUGAUUGGCAGCAUAGUCCCAGUUCGCAAGCACAGAGAGUAAGGCUCUGACAAGCACCAGGGCUUGGCUGAGGCCUUGCAGCAAGAUGGCAGUGGCAUUGUCAGGGGCUCUGGCACCAUGCUUUCUGUGUGCUUUGUUAACAGCUGCCUACCCCAGAGGGUAAGGCCCCUUGGAGGCCCUGGUCACACACUCACCUGCAGAGCAGCUGGGAGCCAGUUACCUGGAAGAGAUUGUCAUGUCACUUCACACAGCCUCCACUAUAGACAUGUUCCUCUACCCCUAGAAAGCCUCCUCUUGGGGCUUCUGGUCCAGCAGAAAGAGGUGGGGCACCCGUACAAGCUUGUGGAGUCAAGUCACAAUGGCCUUAGAACAGGGUUGAGAGAGAGUCCUCUACCUGGCCCAGGGCCCUGUGUUGUCCCCCUGUUCCCUUGCCCAGGGAGGCAGGGAUUUUUUCCUAAGUGGCAUGUUUUUUGCCCUAAUUCCCACCUCAGGGGUUACAGUGCCACCCCCAGCCAUUUGAAGAAGAGGAGUGCCCUGCAAGUGCCAGGCCCUCCACAGUCUGGUCUCACUGGAGUCUCCCAGCAGCCCUGUGAGAUGCCAGUCAUCAGGCCCAUCUUGUGGAUGAGGAAACAGCUCAGUGGGGUGAGAGUUAGGUUACUGCGUAUGUGGCUGGGAGGCUGGGGACAGGAUAUAUGCCUUCUUUGUAAAGUGAUGUGCCCUUAUCUGUCAUGAAGCCUUAUGUCCACUUAGGUGACAGAUGGCCUUGGAGGGCAACACACAAGAUAACAUUUCUUGGAAUUUCCCUGGUCAUUUGGAAGGCUGAGGUGGGUUCUGUCUUGAACCACAAGGUGCAAGGCUAAUUAGGCAUGCCUGGCUGUCAUUGAAAUGAUGACAUUGCAUGCAGAGCUGGGUUGUGACAGGGAUAUUGAUGGAGCAUGCAACCAUACACUUGUUCCUUAGUUCUGGAGUCUCAGAUUUGAAGGCCACCCAAAUGUCCCCUCUACUGUUCUCAGGGUCCCACUUCUUCCAAAUCAACACCCUAAAUUUUAUAUGAGAGGGCCGGCAAGACUGUGAAUUCAACUUGUAACUGCAGCCUGCAGGAUCAAAUGCAGCAUUGUGUUUUCAGUUGUAUCCUUAUGGCUAUAGGAUAUUAAAGAGAUUGUUUUCUGGCUGUCA